ACCCACAAACAAUUAAUUAGUUUUAUUGUUUGUUUAUUGUGGCUGCAACUGCAAGACAGCGGUAGAGAGAGAGAAGGGAAGGAACAAGGAAGAGUGGGUGUUGGUGGUUGUCCUCUUCUUCAUGUCAUGGCAACCCUUUCCUCCUUCCUCUCCUCUUCCUCUCUUCCUCUUUUCCAUCGCCACCCUUCUCCUUCCCCCUUCCGCCCCUCUCUCUCCCUAUCCUUCUCUCACACUAAACCUCGUCUCCCCCUUCUCGUUCUCGCUUCCUCAUCCCAUUCCUUCCACGAUUUCACCUCCAACUCCAAGAAAUCAGUUCUUUCGGAGUUGAUACAAGAGAUUGAGCCUCUCGAUGUCACUCACAUCCAGAAAGAUGUUCCACCAACCACAGCGGAUGCCAUGAAAAGGACCAUAUCUGGUAUGCUGGGCUUGCUCCCAUCUGAUCAAUUUCACGUUGUUAUCGAGGCCUUGUGGGAUCCUCUCUCCAAGUUACUCAUUUCUUCAAUGAUGACCGGGUAUACACUGCGCAAUGUUGAAUACAGGCUUUGUCUUGAGAAAAACCUUGAUAUGUAUGAAAGAGAUAUAGAGAUGCCAAGGGCAGAAAGUAUGAAAGUGGACUUACAAGGGUUGAUGCAGGACAGUGUAAAUGUAAUUGACUUUGGUAGAAAUAAGAAUUUGUCUUCCAAAGUUGAAAAGCUUCAGGAGGAUGUUGACAUACAAGAGCUUGGUGAAAUAUCUGCAGAAGCUCAACAAUAUAUUUUUAAUUUACAAUCUCGCCUGUCUUCCAUGAAAAAGGAACUACAUGAAGCAAAGAGGAAAAGUGCUGCCCUUCAAAUGCAACAGUUUGUUGGAGAGGAAAAGAAUGAUUUAUUGGAUUACUUGAGAUCGCUUCAACCUGAACAGGUAGCUCAGCUUUCAGAAUUUACAUCCCCUGAGCUUAAGGACAUCAUCCUCUCUGUUGUCCAUGGUCUCCUUGCUACCCUUUCUCCAAAGAUGCAUUCUAAACCUUCCACUAUGUCAGAAAAUACAACGGUUGGAGCGACAAAUUGUGCUGAGGUUGUUGAGAACUCUGCUCUUCAAUUUCAGCCUGUUAUUUCAUUAACUCGGGACUAUCUUGCUCGCCUGCUCUUUUGGUGCAUGCUGUUGGGACACUAUCUUAGAGGUCUCGAGUGUCGAUUGGAGUUGACGGAAUUGCUAUCCUUGACAAGUGAUGCUGAGAAUGAUGCCUCUGGAAGUCAACCAAUUGCUUGAAUGAUGUUCACAAUUCGGUGGUUCAACUGUAUAUAGACGUGUUGUUUCAACAUGAUUUUUGCUUUCAACCCGAAGAGAUAAUUAUACAGACUCUAGUACUACUCAUUUAUGCCGAGGAGUUAUCUUUGCUUACUGAAGAAUAUUGCAUUCCUUGCACGUACCAAUUCUCUCAGUAGGAUCGAAGGUAAUUACAUAUUAUAGAAUAUGAAAUGUUGGGACGAACUAUGCUGUACCAAAUCUAUUUGAAUAAAACAAUUUAGUUAGGUGAUCUAGAUUUUAAUCAUUUUAUAUUUCUGUCUAUAUCAUUUGAUGCCUCGAUCCAGGUAAUAAAGAGCUGAUAAUUUAUUAAAACAACUCA